AUGAAAUCGUUGACAUUGUUCGCCGCCGCUGCUCUUACCGUAGCUUCGACAGAGGCAUGUGCCAAGUACAUGCAUUGCUGGUGUGUGAAGGACCAGUUUGAGUGGGAAGGAAAGAUCCAGGACAACAUUGCCUGGGAUGAUAGCACCGCGAAAGCUUGUACAGCUAGUAGCGGUAAAGCUGGGUAUUACGGCCAGAACUUCCAAGAAUGUUAUCGUUACAAGAAGGGCUUCCUCGCAAUUAUUCCCGCCAAGGCGAUUAACAACUGCGACUGGACAAAGGAGUGCCAAAAGGCUGGUGCGAGCAAGGGAUGGUGCCGUGACAAGAUUUAG